GCACGUAAGGCUUUUGCCCAGGAAACUCCAUCACUCCUUCAGGCCUUAGAUUAUCAGGAUACUUGUGUACUUCCGGACGAGCAGCAGGCACGUAAGGCUUUUGCCCAGGAAACUCCAUCACUCCUUCAGGUCUUAGAUUGUCAGGAUGCUUGUGCACUUCGGGACGAGCAGCAGGCAUGUAAGGCUUUUGCCCAGGAAACUCCAUCACUCCUUCAGGUCUUAGAUUGUCAGGAUGCUUGUGCACUUCGGGACGAGCAGCAG